UGCAGAGGAGCUGUCUGUCUGACAGUGACAGUGGAGUUACAGCACUGUACCAACAGUAACACGACAGAGGACUGAGAGGGGGCACACACAGACACAGAGGCUGGGAUGGAAGACUCUGGGCCUACGCUGGCAUCUGGGACCACUUCUAAUUCUAAUCCACCCAUAAUGGAGGAGUCUAGUGCCAAACUGUUCUGCUGCCGCUGGGUAAGGCACAGAAUCCCCCUGGCACUCAGAGAGGAGCUCUACCACAUUCUUCGGAUGACUGGACCCUUGCUGCUGUCUCGAAUCCUAAACUACCUGCUUCCGUUUGUCAUCACUAUGUUCUGUGGUCGCCUGGGGAAUGCAGUAUUAGCUGGCUACGGCCUGGCCUGCGCGACUAUUAAUGUUACGACUGCAGCAACAGGAGGUGGACUUGCCUUAGCAUGUGACACUUUGGUAUCUCAGACAUUUGGUGGUAGGAACCUGCAGCGUGUGGGGGUGAUCCUGCAGAGGAGUGUGUUGAUCCUACUGCUCUUCUGUCUGCCCUGCUGGGCCAUGCUCCUCAACACCCAGUCUAUCCUGCUGGCUCUGGGCCAGGAGCCUGAGGUGGCCAGAAUAGCACAGCUGUAUGUCAUCGCCUACCUACCUGCAGUGCCAGCUAUUUUCCUACAUCAACUUCAGGCUUCUUAUCUCCAGAACCAGGGGAUAAUACUGCCUCAGAUGUACACAGCAGCCGCGGCCAACAUCGCCAAUGUGGUGACAAACUAUAUCCUGCUCUACUGGAUGGACCUGGGAGUUAUAGGGUCUGCAGCAGCUAAUACGCUUUCCCAGCUCUACAUAUGUUCUUUCUUGUUUGCUUACAUUUGUUGGAAGAAGCUACAUGUGAAAACAUGGGGAGGUUGGACCACAGAAGCACUGCAGGAGUGGGGCUCUUAUAUGAAACUGGCCAUCCCAAGUACACUGAUGUUAUGUUUCGAAUGGUGGAUCUAUGAGCUUGGGGGAUUCCUUGCAGGCAUGCUGAGUGAAGUGGACCUGGCUGCUCAACAUGUGGUCAUAAUGCUGGCUUUCAUCAACUACAUGUUCCCCCUGGGGAUCCAGGCUGCAGCAUGUGUUCGUGUGGGGAAUGCCCUAGGGGCCGGAGACACAGCCGGGGCCAUCCUCACCAGCAAGGUGUCCCUCGCCCUCGCAGGUUCAAUGGCAGUAAUUCAGGGAAUCGUGCUGAUCUCUACUAAAACAGUGAUCGCCUUCAUGUUUACUUCUGAUGAGCAGAUAAUAGAUCUGGUCGCUCAACUUCUCAACGUGUACUGUGUCCUUCAGUUCUUUGAUGGGCUAGUGUGUGUGUGCAUGGGCAUCAUCCUGGGCACGGGCAAACAGAAGAUAGCAGCGAUGGCUAAUCUCAUCACCUACUACUGUGUGGGCCUUCCACUGGGCAUCUCUUUGAUGUUCGCAGCUGGCCUUAGGGUCCUAGGGUUCUGGUUAGGCCUGUUCAUCUGUGUCAUUCUACAGUCCACCUUCUUCAUCACUGUCAUCUUCAGGCUCAACUGGAAGAGAAUGACAGAGAAGGCUGUGAAACGAGCUGGAAAGGCUGGACAUAUGGUGUCAAUGAGGAGUAUAGUUGCACCUGACCACACAGAGAACAAUGGGAGGACAGUGAAUGGAUACAUUUUAGUGAGUGCUGAGGGCCAGGGUCACCUCAGGGGAAGCAAUAGGACCCCAGAGGUGCAGAGGGAGGAUGGGAGCCCCAGUGGACUGCUUUCCACCACACAGCUGGUCCUGAGGAGAGGUCUCACUCUACUGGCUGCCAUUGUCAUCCUGGCUGUGGGGACCAGUGUCCAUCUUCUCCUGCCUCUACCAAUCAGCUCAUGGAGCAAUCUGAGUGUAGACUGGAGCAAUACUACCUUUACCACUACCUCCCCCCCUGAAUUGGUCCCGUCAACAGUUCUCAUCUAGGAAUAAUACCUGGGGGAACCAGAACAGACCCUGUAGCAAGGCAAUUAAGUCAUAGACGUGCUGUGUCAGUGAAUCUGUUAUUACACAAAUUAUUACACCUGAAACAGCUUUUUCCUUCAAUCUAGAGCCAUAAUCAUUAUGCCUAAUUCUAUGUAAAAAAUAUAUUAUUUUUUCUGCAUAGGUUUUCUAAGCAUUCCUCUUUACCUGUUCAAUUGUCAUUUUAAUUAUUGAUGCACAUUGAAUCUUUAAAAACGUUUAUGCCUUUAGUACAUUUAGUAAUUGCUUGCUUUUCUAAAGUCCAGCAACCUUGUCAGCAGGCAUGCCAGCUAAGAUACGUAG